UGUCGUUUCAUUACUGCCCCCACUUCAAAACAAAAUGCAGCAUUGCUUCCCGGCUCACAGUAAGGGCAAUAAACUCGAAGAACAUCCACCACCACCGCCUACGCCGCAACCACCAUAGAAACCCAGAGAACAUUCAAGAAAUCUCCAUGGCCACCAGUUGUAAAAAAUAUGCAGACAAUGUAUUUGAAAGCUUGCCAUAUAGUGAGUAUCAGUCUAUGUAUUUAUAUAACCACCAACAGCAGCACCAUCAGUGAAGCCCACACCACCAGUCGCCGCCAUUAAUGAUAUUCCGGUAACGUUAUUCCGCCGCUAUCUUGAUAUGGUUUGAUUAGAUCCAGCACAUCUUCCACUAAUUUAAUGGCGGUUAGCUUUUUGAAAUAGUUCACAUGCAUGGUUCCGACCUUUUAGUGUAAAACUGAAGCAUUCUUCUCUCCACAAAAAUCUCUCUCACAUGCACUUUGUCUCCUAAUAUUGGAGCUCCUCCUCCUCCUCUCCAACCACCAUCGCCAUCAUCACCACCGCCAAAACAAACCAGAAAAAGGAGUUCCCUUUUAUCAGCCCAAGAUUUUCUUAGUUCAUUAACUUGUGUCCUGAUAUGGAGAAGCUGAGCUACUCUGUCUUGUUCUGUUUGAUCUUGGUAAUGUUAACGAUGCCGAGAACAUUGGUACUUUUUGUUGCUUCUCUAUCUUCUGAUGGAGAAGCUCUUCUUUCUCUUAUCUCAGAAGCUGACCCAUCUGCAAAAGCAUCGUCUUCUGUUCUCUCCACUUGGAACCCAUCAAGCCCAACUCCAUGUUCAUGGCAAGGCAUUACAUGUUCUCCUCAAAAUAGAGUCAUUUCUCUAUCUCUGCCUGACACAUUUCUCAAUCUUUCUUCAUUGCCUUCAGAACUCUCUGCUCUUACUUUUCUGCAGCUUCUCAAUCUCUCCUCUACUAAUAUCUCUGGUACUAUCCCUCCUCCUUUUGGCCAACUCACUCAUCUCAGGCUUUUAGACCUCUCCUCCAACUCUCUUACAGGUUCUAUACCUCAGCAACUUGGUCUUCUCUCUUCACUUCAGUUCCUUUACUUGAACUCUAAUAGAUUAUCUGGUAGAAUACCUCCACAGCUUGCAAAUCUCACUUCUUUGCAAGUUUUUUGCCUGCAAGAUAAUCUCCUUAAUGGCUCAAUACCAGCCCAAUUGGGUUCUUUAAUCUCUCUCCAGGAAUUUAGAGUGGGUGGAAAUCCUUAUCUAACUGGAGAGUUGUCACCACAAUUAGGACUAUUAACCAAUCUCACAACAUUUGGAGUUGCUGCAACUGGGCUUUCUGGUGUGAUACCACCUACAUUUGGGAACUUGCUCAAUCUUCAAACUUUAGCUCUUUAUGACACAGAGGUGUUUGGUUCUAUACCACCUGAGCUCGGUUUGUGUUCGGAGUUGAGGAAUUUGUAUUUGCACAUGAAUAAGCUCACAGGUUUCAUACCUCCUCAGCUGGGUAAGUUGCAGAAACUUACUAGCUUGCUUCUAUGGGGCAAUGCACUCUCUGGACCUAUCCCAGCUGAUAUUUCAAAUUGUUCAUCUCUGGUUGUGCUUGAUGCUUCAGCUAAUGACCUUUCUGGAGAAAUUCCUGGUGAUUUAGGGAAGUUGGUGGUUCUUGAGCAGCUUCACUUGUCUGAUAAUUCAUUUACCGGUGCAAUUCCCUGGCAGUUAAGUAAUUGUACAAGUCUAACUGCUUUUCAGAUUGAUAAGAACCAAUUAUCAGGUGCAAUUCCCUGGCAGGUUGGGGAAAUGAAGUAUUUGCAAAAUUUCUUCGUGUGGGGAAACUUAGUUUCUGGUACUAUACCAGCCUCUUUUGGAAACUGCACUGAAUUAUAUGCUCUUGAUCUUUCAAGAAACAAGCUUACAGGGACAAUCCCAGAUGAGAUUUUUGGUUUGAAGAAAUUGAGCAAGCUUCUGCUUCUAGGGAAUUCUAUAUCCGGAGGGUUACCGCGCAGUGUUGCAGGCUGUCAGUCGUUGGUGAGAUUGAGGCUUGGAGAAAACCAACUUUCAGGUCAGAUUCCAAAGGAGAUAGGCCAGUUGCAGAAUUUGGUCUUUCUUGAUUUGUACAUGAAUCAUUUCUCUGGUGAAAUCCCGACUGAGAUUGCCAAUAUCACAGUCCUUGAGCUCUUAGAUGUGCACAAUAACCUCUUUACUGGAGAGAUACCAUCUCAGCUAGGGGCGCUAGUGAAUUUGGAGCAGCUUGAUCUUAGCAGAAACAGUUUCACAGGUGAAAUUCCAUUGAGUUUUGGAAACUUCAGUUUCUUGAACAAGCUGAUUCUCAACAAUAAUCUGCUAUCAGGUUCUAUUCCAAGAUCCAUUAAGAAUCUGCAAAAGCUAACUCUGCUUGAUUUGAGCUACAACAGCUUCUCUGGCCCUAUCCCACCAGAAAUUGGUUACUUGACAAGCUUAACUAUCAGUUUAGACUUGAGCUCAAAUACAUUUACUGGAGAACUCCCUGAGACAAUGUCGAGUUUGACCCAGUUACAAUCAAUUGAUCUUUCUCAUAAUUUGCUUUAUGGAAAGAUUAAGGUUCUUGGUUCUCUUACUAGUCUCACUUUGCUUAAUAUCUCUUAUAACAACUUUUCAGGUCCUAUUCCUGUAACGCCAUUUUUCAGAACUCUGUCUUCGAAUUCAUACCUUCAGAACCGAAAUCUUUGCGAAUCCACGGAUGGUUCUAUUUGUACAUCAAGAGUUAUCAGAAGAAAUGGACUGAAAUCAGCCAAAACUGUAGCAUUGAUUUCUGUGAUUCUGGCUUCAGUAAUCAUGGCAGUUCUUGCUUCCUGGAUUUUACUUGGUCGGAACCAUAAGUAUAUAAUGGAGAAAACUUCAGGAGCAUUGGCUUCUUCAUCAGUGGAUAAAGAUUUCUCUUAUCCCUGGACUUUUAUUCCAUUUCAGAAGCUCAACUUCUCCAUUGAUAACAUCUUAGAGUGUUUGAGAGAUGAAAAUAUAAUUGGGAAAGGCUGUUCUGGUGUUGUCUACAAAGCUGAAAUGCCCAAUGGGGAGUUGAUUGCAGUAAAAAAGCUUUGGAAAGCAAAACGAGACGAAGAAGCAGUGGAUUCAUUUGAAGCAGAGAUUCAAAUCCUGGAACGCGUUCGACAUCGAAAUAUUGUCAAGCUCUUGGGCUACUGUUCCAAUAAGAAUGUGAAACUCCUCCUCUACAACUACAUUCCAAAUGGUAAUCUGCAACAGCUUUUGCAAGGGAAUAGAAAUGUGGAUUGGGAAACAAGGUACAAGAUUGCAGUAGGAUCAGCUCAAGGUCUCGCCUACCUCCAUCAUGAUUGUGUGCCUGCAAUUCUUCAUAGAGAUAUCAAAUGCAACAACAUCCUACUAGAUUCCAAGUUUGAGGCUUAUCUAGCAGACUUUGGCCUGGCCAAGCUGAUGAACUCUCCAAACUAUCAUCAAGCCAUUUCCAGAGUUGCUGGAUCUUAUGGUUACAUUGCACCAGAGUAUGGAUACAGCAUGAACAUAACAGAAAAGAGUGAUGUUUACAGCUAUGGAGUGGUGCUGCUAGAGAUUCUAAGUGGCCGCGGUGCUGUGGAAUCUCAAGUUGGAGAUGGGCUGCACAUAGUUGAAUGGGUAAAGAGAAAGAUGGGAAGUUUUGAACCAGCUAUUUCAAUACUAGAUUCAAAGCUUCAAGGUUUACCAGAUCAAAUGGUUCAGGAAAUGCUUCAAACACUUGGGAUUGCAAUGUUUUGUGUCAACUCUUCACCAGUUGAGAGGCCAACCAUGAAGGAAGUAGUGGCAUUGUUAACGGAGGUGAAGAGCCCACCAGAAGAAUGGGGAAAAACAUCUCAACCUCUAAUAAAACAGUCAUCAAAUCAAAGUUGAAAUAAAGUUUUCCCUUUUUUUCUUUUUUUGUAAUUUUAUUUCUUCCAAGGACAUCAAUGAUUGAUUGUUCUUUUCUACCCAAGGAGAAAAAAGAGUGCAAUUGUUGAGAAAAAUGAUAAGAGGAAGAGAUGAAGGUCUUGGGUUUCUUUGUACAGUUUUAGAAAACAUCAAUUUGGUUGAAUUGCUUUAUGCUUCUUAUUUUAAUUAUUAUAAUUUUCUAUUGUCUAUUCGUUUC